CACACGCUGAUUGGCUGGAAACGUCGGUGCGGUCACAACAACACGACACACGUCAGGCUUUUGGUGGGAAAAUGAUUUCUCCUCCUUCCUCGUUCAUCUUGUAAUUAAAAGUCUUAUCGUGUAUUUUCUGACGUGGGCCGUAGCGUCAGGGUGACAGCUACACAACGGUCGCGAAGGUGGGUUGAUGGGAGCUCGGUGUGUUUGUUAAAACCUCCAGGACAACCGGGGAAAGUUCACUCCAGCCCAUUGUUUGCUAGCGUGCUAACAACGUUAGCCAACCGUCUGUCGCUGAAUUGGAACACACAGUAGAUUUCCUGGAGGCUGUAGUUUUCUCCACUGCGAGGACACCGCGUGUGUUCUAUGUUCUAUUAGCGAAGUGUUAAGAAGUGUCGGACCUGUGAGGAAUCAACAGCAACAUGCCGGAGAUCAAGAUCAAGCACGUUGUGUCCUGCAGCACCGAGGACACGACCCACAAGGCAGACAACCUGCUGAGCUCUGACACCUACAGGAAGUGGAAAGCAGCGAGACCCGGGGAGAAGCAGACAUCAGUCAUUCUGCAGUUCGAGAAGGAGGAGCAGGUGCACAGCAUCGACAUUGGAAAUGAAGGCUCAGCUUUCAUCGAGGUGUUGGUUGGGAACUCAUCCUCAGUCAGAGACCAGGAUUAUCAGGUUCUUCUGGUUACGUCUUCCUUCAUGUCUCCAACUGAGAGCCGCAGUGGCGCCAAUAUGAACCGGGUGCGUUUCUUUGGGCCAAACCAGCUGCAGAAGAGCCCAGCCCAGGAGAAGUGGGACAGAGUGAAACUCGUUUGUAGCCAGCCAUAUAGCAAGAACAUAGCAUACGGUCUGGCCUUUGUUAAGUUCCACUCACCGCCUGACAAAAAUGAUCCUUCUCCAACAACUUCCCCUAAACUGACAAAGUUGGGACAGUUCAGGGUGAAGGAUGAGUCUCCGUCAUCUGGGCCCAGCCUUCAGCCCGGCAGUCUUUUCUUCAGUCGGGACAGUACAACAAAAGCCAGUCCUUCUCUCAAAGUGUCUCCUCAGAGUGAGAAGUUGAGCUACGCUGCUGCUGCCCUGCAGACCGGUGGCACCUCCCAGUUAUCGGGCCAAGCCUCAUCCUCCAGCACUGUCUCUCCACAGCCACCAGCAAAAAGAAAGUUUGAGUUCAGCAAAGAGCGCCAGUCUGCCCCUGGCCCUCCUCCUUCGAAGAAAAUAAGCCCAGCUGGUUCACCCGAGGGUAAAGCUGCAACCCCCAAAAACAAGCCGAGCUCAGCCAGCACAUCCAACUCCAGUGCUGCGAAGGCGUCCCUGACACAGAAGUCCUCUGACAAGAACAGGCAGAGUUUGUCCAAAUCCGAAGCUAAACCCAAACAACAGAAAACUAAAUCCCAGGUCCCAUUCAACCGGAUCAUGGAGGGGGUGGUGUUUGUACUCAGUGGUUUCCAAAACCCAUACAGAGGGGAGCUGAGGGAAAAGGCUCUGGAUAUGGGAGCGAAGUACCGGCCUGACUGGAUGCCCGGGGCCACACACCUCAUCUGUGCCUUUGCGAACACCCCCAAGUACAGCCAGGUGAAAUCAGCAGGGGGCAUCAUUGUACGGAAGGAAUGGGUGAUGGACUGCCACAAGAGGAAAGAGCAGAUCUCCUAUAAACAGUAUUUGAUGGAUGGUGCCGAGUCGAGCUCGGAGAGUGAAAUGGAAGUAGACAACCAGAGUGAAGAGGAAAUGGAUGCAAAGACACCACAGAAGCAGGAGAGACAAGUCACCCCCAAAAAAACACCAGGACAGAGGAGUGAAGACGAUGAUGAAUAUGGUGGCUCCACUGACAUGGACGAACCAGGAGAUGAUGAUGACGAAUCUGCCGUGGACACGGAGGACGAGCUGCAGAGAGUGGAGAAGGAGAACAGACAGAAGAAAAAAACGUCAGCAGAUGUGAAGACGGUGAAAGAGGAGGAUCCAUACGGGGGGUCGACAGAUGAAAACACAGACGCUGAGGCUGAAGAGGAUCAUCCCAUCCCUGAGCUACCAGACUUCCUGAGCGGAAAGCACUUUUUCCUUUACGGUAAAUUCCCUCACAACGAGAGACGCCUACUGCUGCGAUACAUCGUUGCCUUUAAUGGAGUGAUCGAGGACUACAUGACCGAGAAGGUGCAGUUUGUGGUGACCAGUGAGGGCUGGCAUGACUCUUUUGAAGAUGCACUGAUGGAGAACGGCAAUCUGAACUUUGUCAAACCCACGUGGAUUUACGCCGUCAACGAACGACAAAAGUUGCUUCCUUAUCAACCCUACUCUGUUGUCCCCUGAACACUUCUCUGUGUGGACUCAGACUUCAUAUCGUGACGAAGAAGCAGCGGGGGGAGAGCCAUAGACUGUUUUUUUCUUUUUCUUUUAUCUUUUUCAGAUUCAUCGCUCUUUUUAGAAGAAGUCUUGUUAAAUAAUGAUUUUUUUUUUGUACUAUUCAUGAAAUAUCCUUAGUCUUUGUCCACUUUACACAAAAGGUUUCACCUUUUGGCCGAGCUUAGAAAUAAUUUAAAUUGCCUGUUGUGGUUUAAGUUGGGUUAAGGUUUAGAUUUAUUGUUAAACUUUUAUUUGAAGCUUGUUAAACCUCGCUCGGCUGCAACGUUACAUCGUCAGCUGCUUUGUCCUCAGGACCGAAGUGUGCGUGGAUUCAAGACUCGUUGUGGUCACCUUGGUCCUGUGCUGCCGUUUGCUCUGCCACCUCAGGCUCCGUCUGGAAAUGAGUUGUCUCCCUGUGCUGACUGCCAGCGGCUCUGAUAAGACUUGUGUAAGCGGGCAGACUAUUAUACGACCAGCCUACAUUCAUGUGGAAGGUGCCAGUUAUUCAAGGUUGCAGCAUUUUCGGAGCUGAAAAUGAAGACUGGGGAACUGUGUGAUGAACUGACUUUUGUCUGUGUGUUGUGAAAAGUUUUAACCUGGAGUUUGUGAUUUGGUUUUAUGUUUGUUCAAUAUGACAAAAGAUGGACGCGCUCAAAAGAUGUGAGGACGAGGAACUGACGUUUGUGGUUUUCUGGAGGUUUACACGAGGAAAUGUUGAACUUUGGUUUGCUCACUUUUCCAAAGAGACUCGUUCAAGUCCUGAUUUUUCUUCCCUUAAUGUUUCCUAAUUAUUUUGUCUAAAUAAAAAAAUAAUAAUUUUUAA